AUGUCUCUCGAUCAUAGUAACCAUACUUCUGAUGUGGAAGAAGGCGAGAUCAACGACGAGCCUGUUAUGCCUGUCAAGCAAGUGCAAUCGCCUAUGCAAGUUGCUACAUCCGGCUCUUUGAACGGCAAGCAUGCCACUGAUAAUGGCUCAAAAUCAGCAACAGAUGGGGACAAGGAUACGAGUCGAUCCCCUGUAUCCCGUAAGCGUAGCAGAACUCCACCAUCGCCGCCAAGAGCAGCAAAAAGGCGAGGAGAUGAUGAUCCAUUUGAGGAAUACGAACGCCUUGCAGCAAAACGCAGCACCAGCAGAAGCAGAUACGAUGCCCGAUCACCUAGUCGAGAAGAUCGUUCUAGAUACCACCACCACCACCAUCAUCGUCAUCAUCGACGAUCACCUGAACGUUCUCGAUCAAGAUCUCAAAGACGAAGCAUGUCGCCUUAUGAAAGUUCUCGUCAAAGCUAUCGCGAUGGUUCUCCUUAUCAUCGACACUCCUCUUCUUCACGCGAUAGACGCUCUCGCCAUCGUGAUGAUUAUCAUUCUUCAAGAAGGGAUUAUGAUUAUCGUUCGACUUCUCGACGACGUAGCUCAUCUCGACGUCGACAGCGACCCGAUUACAAUGAUCGCGAGCAUAGUGUGGAUAGACCACCUUCCAAGAUGGCACGCAUGGAAGUACCAGAGCCAAGGCAAGAGAAGCCUCAAGAGACCGCAGCAUACCCAUCAACAACAUCAACAUCAACAACAACAGCGGCUAAGAAAGAGGAACAACCUGAGAUGGAAGAAGAUGUCGAGUUUGAAAUCAAGGAUGAGCAUGAAAAGGAAUUGGAAGAACAACGCCUUAUCGAAGAGCGACGUAGGAGACGACAAAUGAUUCUCGAGAAACACAAGGCAAAUACUGCCAAGAAGCCUGAUACAACCACCAAUGUUGACACAGCUGCUGGAACAACAGGAAAGAAUGAUCAAAUAACGGUAGGAUUGGCUGCCGAAGCUGCUGGCGAAAAGAAGAAAGAUGAUGGGUCAAUGAUGAACCUGGAUAUUGGAAAAGGAGAUGGGAACAAUGCACAAAGCAGUGACUCACCCAAUGCUGUGUCUGCAGCAGACUAUGAUCCAUCACAAGAUCGCAUUGCAGACGAUGAUCGCUUACGGUCGCAUCGACAGGACACUGAUCUUCUCAAGAAAAAGGAUCACCAAGAGUCUGUUACUGAUGGUGUGACAAGCCAAAACGACAUGGCAGCCACCGAUUACAAGGAAAAGCUUGAACAAGUGCCUCCUCAGGAAGAGCAACAGCAACAACCCCAAAAGCCAAAGGAGAUCGACAUGUUUGCAGAGGAUCUUGAUAUCUUUGCACAGGCUGAGAUUGCUGAGAAUGCCUUGGUUGUCAACACCGCUAUUCCAUCCAUGAACCACAACCCUAGUCUCUUGGAUAAUUGGGAUGAUUCGGAAGGAUAUUACAAUGUGCGUAUUGGCGAGCAAUUGGAUAAUCGGUAUCAGACAUUGGCAAAUUUGGGUCGGGGCGUGUUCAGUGCUGUCGUGAAAGCUAGAGAUAUGCAAACGAAUGAGGAAGUGGCCAUCAAGAUCAUCCGUAACAAUGAGACAAUGUACAAAGCUGGUAUGAAGGAACUUGGCUUUUUGAAAAAGUUGAUGGAAGCGGAUCCUGACAACAAAAAGCAUUGCAUUCGUCUUUUACGACACUUUGAGUAUCGCAAUCACCUUUGUCUCGUCUUUGAGAGUUUAAGCAUGAACCUACGGGACGUGUUGAAAAAGUAUGGCAAAGAUGUGGGUCUCAGCAUCAAAGCGGUUAGGGUAUACGCACAACAAUUGUUCUUGAGCUUAUCUCUUUUGAAACGAUGCAAUAUUUUACAUGCGGAUAUCAAGCCUGACAAUGUACUCGUUUCUGAAUCCAAGAACAUUCUCAAAUUGUGUGAUCUAGGAUCAGCUUCUGAUGCGAGCGACAAUGAGAUCACUCCUUACCUCGUGUCACGUUUCUAUCGAGCCCCUGAGAUCAUCAUGGGAUUGCCGUAUGAUUAUGCAAUUGAUGUUUGGUCCGCAGCAUGUACACUCUACGAGCUAUUUACUGGCAAGAUCCUGUUCCCUGGAAGAAGCAACAAUCAAAUGCUCAAGCAUAUCAUGGAAGUGAUGGGCAAGUUUCCAAAUCGUAUGAUCCGCAAAGGUCAAUUUUCACAACAACAUUUUGAUGAAGACAACAGUUUCAUUUCGGUGGAAAUCGACCGGUUAUCAAACAAGGAAUUUAUCAAAAAGAUGACCAUUGUGAAACCAGUACGCGACAUCAAGAAUCGGAUCAUGGCUGCUUCUUCCGGUGGUGUUACCGAAGAUGAAGGACGCUUGUUAUUAGCAUUCAUUGACUUUUUAGACAAGUGCUUGACCUUAAGCCCUGAACGCCGCAUGACACCCAAAGAAGCCCUUGCUCACCCUUUUAUCACUGGCAAAGUGUAG